CUUGAGAUAAUAUCUAUAUAUAAAGAGGAGAGGAGAAAAAAGAGAUCUCCUCCCUCCCCUCCACUACUAGUCUGCAACUAUAGGAGAAGAUCCAGGAAGGAAGCAAACCCACGAAACCGAUCGACCAUGGGAGGAGUAGCAGAAGAUCAGGAGAAAUCCAUGCCACCACCAGCCUGGAGAAGGAUGAAAAGCUACGAACAAGACGAAGUUCAGUCGAAAUCCGCCGGAAAACUUCGCCGGAGAAGAUGUAUCCAAUGCUGCGGCUGUCUCUCAGCCCUGAUGCUUAUCAUAAUCAUAGUCGGCGUCAUCCUCAUCUUCACCGUCUUCCGUGUCAAAGAUGCCACCGUCACCCUCAAUUCAAUAUCUUUCGAUAAGUUAAAGGUUUCCAGACUCCCCACCAUCGACCCCUCGAACCCUUUUGCUCAGCCAACCACCCCUAGUGUCAACAUGACCAUGAUGGCAGAUAUGUCUAUCAAGAACCCAAACAUAGCCUCUUUCAAGUUCAAUAACGCCACCACCUCCAUCUUCUACGACGGCUCUCAGGUCGGCGAAGCCCGAAACCCGGCGGGCAACGCUAGGGCUAGAAGGACUCUGCAUAUGAACCUUACGGUGGAGCUCUUCAUCACAGCUAAUUCUUCAUCUUCAGAAAAGGUUCAACACUUGUUGAGUGAUAUAAGGUCUGGUUCACUCUCCAUUAAUAGCUAUACUUGGAUUGAUGGGCGUGUGAAUGUGUUAAAUAUCUUUAAACGUUAUAUAAUUGUGAAGAUGAACUGCACCGUGGACGUAUCCUUAUCUUCAAUGUCGAUGCAAGAUAUGAAGUGCGAAGAACAUGUGGAGCUCUAGUGAUCUAGUCUUGGUAGAUCUUUCAAAUUUUAAGUGAUUACUUGUAGUUAUUGAGUCUAGAACUCUACAUGAUUGUAUACAUAAUAAGUAUGGCUACCCUUUUUUUUUUUUUUACUUCAUUUGAUUGUAUUAAAGUUUUUAAUUACAAAGAGUAAAUGAGGGUUAUAGAUCUUUUUUGAA